AUGGCCGAAUCAACUCCUCGCAAGCGCUCCCGUGCAGCUUGCCUAUCCUGCCAGUCCCGCAAGCGAAAAUGCUCGGGCGAGCAGCCCUGCAGCACCUGCGCCCAGGCUGGCAUCUUGGAACAACCCCCAUUGCCGCACGUGCCCAGCGCAAGUGGCAGCGCUGCAUCACCGGCGUCUUGCCUUCUCAACGACACCCGACGAUUGAGUCAGUCCCUGGAAGCCAAUUCUGGUGCCGCAUUCGUUCGCAAGCUCGGCCUGCGGAUCGACCCAGCACGCGCACCGCGACUGCAUCUUUUCGCAUGGAAUGUUGGUGAGAGGCGCAAGUCACCAGCACUUGAGACAUCGGGACCGACGCUGGCGCCGGUACCGCCAUCGAUCACCAAUAUCAUUUCACAAGAAGAGAUGAAGCGGUUGACAGCCAUCUACUUUGAGAAAGUUGAUCCGUGCUAUGCAUUUCUCGACUCAAAGACCGUCAAUGAACGCAUCGCAGAGCGUUGGGCUGCAUUGCCAUUAUCAAGUGUUGUGUUGCCAGAUCAUCACCCAGACGAUGUAGUUCUCCUUGGUAUUGCAGCCUUUGGAUAUCUCUUUUCGCGGCGUCACAUUUCCCCAACCGAGCUUCAUCUUGUUGACUCAGCUCGCAUCAUCCUAGAAAGGAGCGUACUGGGCGCAGAGCCCCCAACCGUCGAGAAUGUGACCGGCUGGGUUCUUCGCACAGCUUAUCUGCGCAUGACGGCAUCGCCGCACGCAGCCUGGAUGGCUAGCUGCACGCUCAUGCACCUUAUCGAGGCCGCUGGUCUUCAUCUCGAAACCCCAAAUUCCAAUGGGCUUGUCUCAUCUUCAGCCUCAGGAACCUGCCAAACCGAGAACGUUGCUAGUACCACUAUUUCACAAGCAACUAAAAGCCCGGACCUACGCCGACGAAUCUUCGGCAUGGCCCGCCACCUCAACACCUGGACGUCUUUCGACCUCGGUCGCUCGCGCGUCACGCUAGACGGCGCACUAUCCGAAAUCCCAGCUACACACUCCAGUCACCCAACCGCACGUGUCGACCUCUUCCACCUCCUCCAGCUCACCGAAAGCCUCGAUCCCACGGGCCCGGUACCGCAGGAUCUCCACACCCUCGAAUCAACACUCACCUCUGUACUCAACCUAGUCUACUCCGAGCCGUCCCUGAUUCUCGUCCAAUGCAAUCUCAUGCUCUGCAUCUACCGGCGUAUCCGCGCCCUCAAUUUAAACGCCCACCCCCCACUGUCCACUCACCAGCUCGACCACAUCCUCGGGCUCGCGGAUCGCAGCCUGCGCGCCGCCUGCAAAAUGGUCGCCGCUACCUGCCCCUGGCACCAGGUUGCAAAUGUCCCCUUCCAGGUCGUCUGCACGCUGCUGGCGAUCGACAACCGCGCCGCUCUGGGCCUUCUCCCGGACGCCAUGCACACGCUGCGCACGGUUCUGACCGCCUAUGAUACGCCCGUCAUGCGCGAGGCCUACUCCACGGCGUACCUGCUGAUCGCGAUGCACCAGCGCCGCAAGGAGGACGACACCCGCGCGCUGGCGGAGGUGUUGCGCGCGAACGCGGCAGCGGCACCGGAGGCUGAGAUGGUGCGGCCGAAGGAGGCGGCGUCGGGGACCGAGGUGGAGGCGAAGCCGGUCGAGGGCUUGGGGCCCGUGUCUGAGGCGGAGUUGUCGUGGCUGGAGGAUUUGGUCAUUGACAUGCCUAGUUUACAGAACUUUGAUCUGGAUCAGUUCCUGAUGACGGAUGUGCCGUGGCCACUACCUGAGAUGGGCAUUUGA